AUGGGGCCAGAUUCACCAUCCUCCUGCUUUAAGGGGCUAGACUUGAAUGAGAAAGAGGCCCUGGAGUGCAUAGAUGCCUUUCUGAAGGACAAUGAACAGGACGAGGCCCAGAAAAUGAAAUUUUUGAAGGACAUCAUCAUCCUCAGCAGAGCCAUCUGGGCUAGGAGCCCAAAAAAACCCAUGGAUAAUGUGACCAGCAAAGCCCUGCUAGUGGAGAAGAUAAAGGAGCUGAUUCAUCACGAGUCCGUCGACUCCCUGACCAACAUGGUGCGUCAGCAAGCGAUGCUCGCCAUCAUGGAGCUGAGCAAAGUGAAGCCACCGCUGCGGGGCCUGGAACAAUCCAGCCUGCUGGCUACCUGCUUCUCCAGUGUCUUCUCCCUGCCUCCAGCAGAGACCAUGCAGGGCAUGGAGGCUGCUCUCUACACCAAGGUCCUGCUCCCCUGGACCGCAUCCAAGGAGGUGCAUGAGCGGCUGAGGGCAGUGGAAAGGAUCACCUGCCUGACGGAAUUCAUGGCUGAAAAACCCAAAUUCAAGGGAGCGGAGGAGUUCAGAGUCCUGGGCCAGCUGGUGGGGUGUGUCACUCUGUGCCAUCUGGAGCAGGAGAUCUGCCGAUCGUCAAUGUUGGCAUCUUACCACCUCUACUCCUUCAUGCUGCAGCUAAAAUCCACAAUGAUGGUGGGGAACAGUGCAGAGUAUCGGCAGUUCCUCGAGGACGAGCAAACCCUGUACGGCUCCUGGGACACCUUGUUCACCAACACCAGCGAUAUCGCAAGCGUGUCGGAGGCUGUGAGGAGUAUUUACAAGAACCUGGACUCCAUCAGCGAGCCGCUGUCCCGGAAGGAGCUGUUCAGGACCCUUCUCGUGCUGGGCAACCAGUACAGCGAGGAGGUGGUCAGAACCCUGCUGGGCUGCUCGCUGUCAUGUGACAGCGUUGCUGCGGAGAUGUGGAGGAUGCUGAGAUCCUACUGCCAGACCACAGGAAAGAUCCUAAAGGAGCUGCUCAACACGCUGCAGGAGCAGCCGCUGGACCACCAUCAUGUCUCUCAGAGAGAGGCCCCCUUGGCCGUGUCCAGCAGGCUCCGGGUGCUCUCCAUCACCCUCUUUAAACACCUGCUGGAGCUUGUAAGGGGGCUCAACAGGAGGCGGAUGAAGGAGCAUGUGCUCCAGAGCCUGGUCCCACUGCUCCUCCUUGUGCAUGAUGGGCGUCCCAACGUGUCCCAGGUGCUGAAGCGGCGGCGCACCGCGCUGGAGCGGGCCGAGAAGUUCCUCUCCGAGCCCCGCUUCCCCGACUGCAACCUCCGGGGCAGGUGGGAGCCGGACCGGUCCGCCGUUUUGAAUGAUACUUGGGUCUCCUUCCCUUCCCGGUCUGAGGAUUCUACCUUCGUUAGCUCCAAGAAGACACAAUACGAAGAACACAUCUACAGAUGUGAGGACGAGCGUUUUGAGCUGGAUGUUGUCUUGGAGACCAACCUGGCAACAAUCAGAGUCUUAGAGGCAACUAAGAAACUCUCCCGCUUGUCUGCUGAGGAGCAAGCCAAAUUCCGGCUGGACAACACUCUGGGUGGCACGUCGGAGGUGAUCCACCGCAAGGUGCUGCAGAGGAUAUAUGCUGACAAAGCGGCCGACAUCCUAGACGGGCUGAGGAAAAACCCAUCUGUUGCAGUUCCUAUUGUGCUGAAAAGGUUAAAGAUGAAAGAGGAAGAGUGGCGAGAAGGCCAGAGAGGAUUCAACAAGGUCUGGAGGGAGCAGAAUGAGAAACAUUACCUGAAAUCCCUGGAUCACCAGGGCAUCAGCUUCAAACAGAAUGACACCAAGGCCCUGAAAUCCAGUUCACUGCCAACUCACCCAUGCUCUGUGUAUUUGCUCUUCCUCCCUCAGAGGCAAGAGCAGGCAUCAGAAGAUAAUGCUGGAGUACCCAUAGGCCCACACCUGUCACUAGCCUAUGAGGACAGGCAAAUCCUGGAGGAUGCUGCUUCUCUUAUCAUCCACCACGUGAAACAGCAGACAGGAAUUCAGAAAGAGGACAAGUACAAAAUCAAGCAGAUCAUGUACCACUUCAUUCCGGACUUGCUGUUUGCUGGGCGGUGCGAGCUCUCAGACGUGGAGGAGGAAAUGGGUGUGGAUGAACCCACUGGGGCUGCGAAAAAGCACAACGGACAACACAGCGGCCCAGAAGCUACCGGGGGGGAGGGGCGGAGGGGGGACGAAGUGUACAGCCUCUUCUAUGUCAACAACAACUGGUACAUCUUCAUGCGGCUUCACCAAAUCCUAUGCUUGCUGCUGCUGAGGAUUUGCACCCAGGCUGAGCGGCAAAUCGAAGAGGAGAACCGGGAAAGGGAAUGGGAGCGGGAACUUCAGCACACAGUGAGCGAGGAGAUCUGCAUGCAGGUGACAGAGCUUUACCUGUCGGAGAAUAGCAACGGAGCUACCGGAGGCCUGCUGUCGUCACAGUCAUCUCGGGCCCUUGUGGAGGCCACGUACCAGCGCAAAGCCGAGCAGCCCAUGUCAGACGAGAACUGUUUCAAGCUGAUGUUCAUUCAGAGCAGAGGCCAGGUCCAAUUAACUAUCGAGCUGCUGGACACCGAAGAGGAGAACUCGGAUGACUCCGUAGAGGCAGAGGGUUGGUCAGACUACGUAGAACGGUACGUCAGCUCUGAUUCUACCUCUCCCGAACUUCGGGAACACCUGGCCCAGAAACCGGUUUUCCUGCCAAGGAACCUGAGGCGGAUCCGUAAGUGUCAGCGUGAUCGGGAGCAGCAGGAGAAGGAAGGGAAGGAGGGAAACAGUAAGAAGUCCAUGGAGAAUGAGGAGAGCUUGGACAAGCUGGACUGUAAAUUCAAACUGAACUCCUAUAAGAUGCCGCGUGCCAGAGAUUGCCGACCUCUGGUGUACAUGAUCAAAUCAGAGGAUUACAUGUACAGGAGGACUGCUCUGCUGUGUGCUCAGCAAUCCCAUGAAAGAGUGAGCAAGCGGCUGCACCAGCGGUUCCAAGCCUGGGUGGACAAAUGGACCAAGGAGCAUGUGACCCGUGAAAUGGCAGCUGAGACAAACAAGUGGCUAAUGGGAGAAGGGUUGGAGGGUUUGGUGCCCUGUACCACUACCUGUGAUACAGAGACCCUGCACUUUGUGAGCAUUAACAAGUGCCGUGUCAAAUACGGCACAAUAUUCAAGACACCGUAA